CAAAUGAAGAACGCAUCGUUGACGAGCAUCACUUGGAAAAGUGGAGACGUAAAGUUGUGAUCUGAAACUAGGAAAGAAAUUGUUUCCAAAAUAAAUCGUGGUAGUAAAAUCAAAUAAACAAAACCUACCAUGCCACGUAUUAUGAUUAAAGGUGGUGUGUGGAGGAACACCGAGGAUGAAAUUUUGAAAGCAGCUGUGAUGAAAUAUGGUAAAAAUCAAUGGUCACGUAUUGCUUCUCUGUUACAUCGGAAAUCAGCUAAACAAUGCAAAGCUCGUUGGUAUGAAUGGUUGGAUCCAAGCAUCAAGAAGACAGAGUGGAGCCGUGAAGAAGAUGAAAAACUCCUACACUUGGCAAAGCUCAUGCCUACUCAGUGGAGAACUAUUGCCCCCAUUGUUGGGAGAACAGCUGCCCAAUGCCUUGAACGCUAUGAAUACCUUCUUGAUCAAGCUCAAAGAAAGGAAGAGGGUGAAGAACCUGGUGAUGACCCACGUAAAUUGCGUCCUGGAGAAAUUGACCCAAAUCCUGAGACUAAACCAGCCCGUCCAGAUCCCAAAGACAUGGAUGAAGAUGAACUGGAGAUGUUGUCUGAAGCCAGGGCUAGGUUAGCUAACACACAGGGUAAAAAGGCUAAACGAAAAGCCAGAGAGAAACAACUGGAAGAGGCACGACGAUUGGCCGCUUUACAAAAAAGGAGAGAGCUGCGAGCUGCAGGUAUGGGCGUUCGCCGUGGAGCUCUGUCUCACAACCGUCGCAAGCGUGGUGUGGACUACAAUGCCGAAAUUCCGUUUGAGAAGCAGCCAGCUAUUGGUUUUCAUAAUACGGCAGAAGAACAAUUUGAUCCUUUCGCACCAAACUUCCAUCGGCUCCGUCAGCAACAGCUAGAGGGUGAACUACGCUCAGUUAAGGAGGACAGGGAGCGCAAGAAGGACAAGGACAGGCUUAAGCAGAGAAAAGAGAAUGAAGUUCCUUCGGCUCUGUUGCAAGGAGACCAACCGGCAGCGAAACGUUCGAAGCUUGUUCUACCGGAGCCUCAGAUAUCCGACAGAGAUCUUGAACAAGUCGUUAAACUAGGCAGAGCUUCGGAAGCUGCUCAAGAUGCAGCCCGCGAAACUGGCCAGAGGGUAUCGGACACUCUUUUGGCCGAUUAUUCCUUAACACAGAGUGGGGGGUUGCGAACACCACGAACACCAGCUCCUCCUAUGGACAAGAUUUUGCAAGAAGCACAAAAUCUGAUGGCGUUAACGCACGUUGAAACUCCGCUGAUGGGUGGUACCAACGCACCGUUGAUCAAUCCUGACUUCGCUGGUGCCACUCCAAGUAAAGAUGGAGUCGCAACACCAAAUACGUUACUUUCAACGCCAUUUCGUACGCCCAGCGGGGCAGCAGGUUCUGCCACACCAGGCAUGCUAAGUAUCACGUCGGGAGCAACACCCCGUGCGGGAGUUCAGUCUCUUCCCGGUGCAACCCCAUUGGUGCGAGACAAAUUAAAUAUUAAUCCAGAAGAGUCUACUGAGGUUAUGCAGCGCACGCUUAAAGAGCAACUCAAACGAGGACUGAGUACACUACCUACUCCCAAGAACGAUUACGAAAUUGUUGUACCAGAAGAGGAAAUGGACACUGAAUCUGGAUUACCUGGUGACGGAGGAACGACGGGCACAUAUAUCUCUGUAGAAGAUCAGGCAGAUAUUGAUGCUCGUAUUGAAGCAGAGCGCAAAAAGCAAAGAGAAGCUGAGUUAAAGCGACGAUCCCAAGCGUUGCAAAGAAGUCUGCCCCGUCCUCACGAAGUGAACAAUGCCAUUCUCAGACCAGCCAAUUCGUCCGAUUCUUCACUCAGUGAUCUUCAAAAAGCUGAGGAGCUUAUCAAGAAAGAAAUGCUUACAAUGAUGCAUUAUGAUUCAAUCCGCAAUCCAGUCAAUAACUCCACAGAAAAGGGUGGUGGCCUCUCGAGGAAGAUCAUUGAGACCAGCCAAAACUUUUUAAGCAAUAAUUCCUAUCAGGAAUUUGAAGACAAGGAAAUUGAACAGGCAAAGGAGUUACUGAAAGUGGAAAUGGAAAAAGUGAAGGCUGGUAUGGGGCAUGGGGACUUGACAAUGGAGGCAUAUACACAGGUUUGGGAGGAAUGCCUGUCACAGGUUUUAUUCGUUCCAUCCCAAAACCGAUACACGAGGGCUUCUUUGGCUUCGAAGAAGGAUCGGCUGGAAAGUGCUUCACGCCAUUUAGAGACUAACCGAGCUCAUAUGGCUAAAGAGGCUAAAAAAGCUGCCAAAUUAGAAAAGAAGCUGCGAACCUUGACCGCCGGUUACCAGUCCAGAUCACAAGCUCUACACAAGCAAACCCAAGAUCUGAUUGAUCAAGUAGAGGCCGCUCGCAUUGAAUUAGACACUUAUUCUUUCUUAAAGAAGCAUGAAGAUGAAGUGUUUUAUCUCUUUGAUCUAAUUCACCAAAACAACAACAAUAUUUCGAAAUUGGCCAAAGUGGCAGGUUUCCUGAUUAAAGUCAUCAUUGGUCUCAGUGAGAAAGAUACAACGAUGCUUGAAAAUGAAAGCGUAAACGAAACGGUGCUAGAUCUAGUGUUCCAGCUUCUGCAAUUUACUCCUGAUGCUGUUAAAUAUAAAAUUCCUAUGGGUGACGAUCUUGCCCGUCUUUUGGAACUUCAUGUGUCCAUCGCUAUACAUCCAAUUUUAGAUAAGUUGACGAAAACACGACAGCUUCUUCCUAGCUUACUGAAAGCAACUUCGAAUUGCCCACCUGAGAAUCGACUGAACUUGAUACGGCUACUCGGUUUGCUGCUGACACCUAAUUUUCAGUCAACAGUUAGAAACUGCGGUAUAACCACAAGUGACUUAUUGGCAAUGUUUCUCUCCUCAGUUAACCAAGGGCAUGUGGAGUUCAACCGGGUUAUUCUUCUUCAUGGUAUAACCCAUAGCGGCAAAGGAAUUCAUACUGUGCCUAUCUACGAACUAUUGGUUACACAAGCUGCAGCCACCAUGGCCAUUAUGACACAAGAUUCUGUUGUACAGUGUGUUGCAGUUCUUCUCAAAUCUCUCAUCCAAGAUGGAUUUUGGGCUCAUCUCAUGUCCUGUGAUAUUCUUACCUUUAUGGCAAGGUACGGCCCGUCUCAGUUUUGUCUUGAACUAGUUCAGCACUUGUUCCUCCUUAGUCCAUCGACUCCGACCAUCUCUUGCCGGCCAGUCUGUCUUCUCAACCGUUUGAUCCCGCUACUUUCUCCUGCUGGUAGGGCGGCCAUACUGAAAUCACAUCCUGUAGAAAAAUACCCCGAUUUAUGGGCUGCCAUAAACUGGGAAGCAUUCACUGUCGAGCAAAAAGUGGAACUCCGGCAAUGUUUGCCACCUUCCGCAAUUGGUUCACAAUUUUGCAAAGCUAACACAGUGAUUCGACUUGGUUUAAUUUGUACUUCCGGAAACGACUCAGUUCUUCAAGAUCAAAUCGAUUUACGAUUGAAUUUGAUCAAAGCGGGCACGGUGCUACUUUUUGGAUUGAAAAGUAAAUCGGCUAAGGAUUAUCAACGCCAUAUGGAGCAUCUUUUAGCGUGCGUUUUACGCGUUCUUCUGUGUACAGCUGAGCCAGCUCAGAAAGAAUCACAUCUUUACUUAAUGCAAAUAUUAAAAUUGGCUUUAGACAGCAAAGCUUUAACGGCUGUUCAGCUUGAUGUCACCAUUUUUCUAAGUAAAAUUGGUUUAUAGCGACCGGCCCCGAUUAGCCAAAAUCGGUCUUUACUUUCAAUUGAUAUUGCUAGGCUGAUACAUCAUCACCUUCUGAAAGAGGGUUAUGAAAGCUCUGCCAAUAAUCUAAUAAGUGAGUGCCCACACCUGAAAGGGUUAAAGCCUGUUAAACACCCUUACAAGCUUCCACGGAUUUUGGGACUUUCAUUGGCUGAUUUAUUCGAAAGUUAUUUUGAAACUAAGGAAAACGUGAUUGAGGAAUUGGAGCUUCUAGAAUCGGUCGUCUUUAGAGAACAUGACAGUCUUCCACUGCUUACCAAAACACUAGUGGAAAACCUUAAAUCAUCAACACUGUCAAAAUCUAUUCAAAAAAAAACCUGGAGUAAAGGUGUCAACACAGAAGUUGUAAUAAACAAUGGCCCUGCAGUCUGUGAUGCAAGUGUCAACACUGACUCUGUUCUUGUUCCACAAAAUUGUGAUGCAAGUGUCAACACUGACUCUGUUCUUGUUCCACAAAAUUGUGAUGCAAGUGUCAACACUGACUCUGUUCUUGUUCCACAAAAUUGUGAUGCAAGUGUCAACACUGACUCUGUUCUUUUUCCACAAAAUUGUGAUGCAAGUGUCAACACAGAUUCUAUCUGUGUCCCAGAAAAUUGUGAUGCAUGUGUAAACACUGAAGCUCCCUGCUACCCACAAACAUGUGACUCUUGUAUUAACACAGAUCUUUUCAGUGGUCUGCGUGAAACAUGUGAUACAGGUGUUAACACUGAAUCUUGUUUUAAUGCUGACAAGACAAGUCAAUCAAACUUGUCUGUGGAAAAACCUGAUGUUCUUGAAAACACAAUUGAUAAUAGUGCCAACAAUCAAGUCAUCAUUCAUAGUCAGGAAAAAAAUGUUUUAAACCAUGGCACACAUGCAAUGUCUCCAACAGCAUCAGGAAAAACCAAAGUACAAGAUGAUAAUGGUGAUGCAAACAUGAAUCCUAAUUGGAGCCAACAUCAUGAUAUUGACCAAGAAAGUAGCCAUGCACUGCAUUGCUCAGAACAACUUGUUGCUACUGAAACAGUGGAUUUUUCCCUAGUGUAUGACCGGUUGCUAGAAAAUAGAGAGUUCCAAGAAAAGAUAGCUGAAAGCAUUAAUAAAAAGAAAGCUCAAGCUGUUUUACCAUACACUGAUAAUUCAAAAUGUGGAAGCUUGGCAUCAUCACAAGAUCUGGAUACUGUUAUCAAAGCUAUUGUGGCAGAAACUCAAGCAGAUCCUUCUUUUGACAAUUUUCUGAAAGACUGCAUAGGUAUUGACAGUGAAGAUCAAACUUCAGUUGGUACCCCAGACAGUAUAGCUCCAAAUGACAGUGAACCCAAUGCUAUGCCUUAUAAUUCAGGUAAUCAAGAAAAUUGCUUGGUUUUGGAUGAUGUAGGGGAACCAAUGUUAGUGGAGCAACCAACAAUACCAUCAUCUUUUUUUACUGUACAAAGUUCUGACGUAACAGGCAGCUCUUCUUUGAUUAACACCCUUAAUAGUGUUGCAAUUGUGACAUCCUCGGGUCAAAUAACUUUGGUUCCAACUAUCAUUUCGGCUAUGCCUGGUGAGGUAGACCCUUCAGAAACUGUAUCUUCCACGAUAACUAAAAGAGUAAAGAAGAAACAAACCAUGAUUCUUAGAAGAGCACCCGUUCGGAUUGCUCCGAAGCCCAUCUUUACCCUCACUAUCCCUGCCCCGGAUGAUGACUACAAUCAUGUUCCAACUUCUGCAUGUGAAGCCGAAUCAGGCUUUCGAGAACAGGAUAUAGUGGAAAAUCAAGUAAACCAGCAACAAAGUGUUAAUUAUAAUCUUUUAACACGUGAAACCCCUGGUGAUUGUAGUCCAGGUCCCUCUAAGAUGAAACCUAUAAUGAAGAUAAAAAAUCGUGCUCUAGCGAAAAGUAGACGUACAAAAAAUUCGAGAAUUCGCGAUCCAAUCUUUCAACGUCUCACCAAUCCCCCACCUUCAGAAAAAAAUCUUACUUCUAAUUUGGCUGCGCUAUUGAAAAUUGCAGAAGAGUACCGCUCCAGUACUAUGGAUGUUCCAAAUCAACAAAUCGUUGGUCAAACGGAGCCAUCGGGAUCACCUGAUGUAGUCUUUCGUACACCCAUUCCGGAUUCAUCUGGAUUCGUAACCACCCCUACUAGCACUCGGCGCCGAAGCCAUGUUCGACAGCUUAAUUUUGGCGAAUCGCCUGAAUUACCUAAUAAGCCAGCUGAAAACAGUCCGGCAGCUAAUCCGAAACGAUCCGAAAUACCUUGGGAUCUUGCCUUGAGAAAUGCUUUUUCAGCUCCUCCUCCAACAGACAGUGAUAUUUUUGCAACACCAAAAGGAAAGGCCAAACGCAAAAGAAAAAGGUCACCAAUGCCUGAAACAAGCGAUGCAAUAGCUAUCCAAGACACUUCCUCUAAUGAAGUAGCUGUUAGUACUUCACCAUCCAAAUGCUCACUUUCGCCCGCUCAAGCGUCUGCAUUCAAUUUGGCGGCAACAGAAGAAACCGUCGCCCCGGUCCCUGUGGCGGAAGAAAGAUCGCAACCGUGCGGCACUUCGGAUUCCAAUUAUGCCGAUUUAGUUGCUGCUUCAAUUUUACAGGAGAUGGCAAACACUCCCAUAACGGAAGUGACCCGAGAGGAUACUUCAAAAGAAACUGCAACGGAUGGAUUGGUCACAAAUUGCGUAGUUUCGACUGCUAACUUAUCCCAAUUUGGAAUGGAUGUGGUUAGCCGUGAAGAACAUGUAAUGCAACAUUUGACUCUUCCAGUUCUUGCUACCCCGCGUAAGGAGAUAACAGAAAGCUUGGUAGGAAGUUACCCACCUCAAAGCGUUCCUUCCACUGUGCUCUGCGAUGGUCAAAGCAAUAGCGUCAGCUUCGGUGCAUGGGACGGGGAAAUCCCACGGACACCGCAAAUCCGUAUGGAUCUUACCAGUUCUACUAGUCCCUUCCAAGUUUCUCUUACGAAAGGUUUCCGUUUCUUACCGGCGGCGGAUUCUCCCAGUUUGGCUGUUCCUUUCACUCCAUGCAUUUUAGAAGCGGGCAAUUCUAACACUUCCAUCGACACACCAUACGUCGGUUUUUAUCAAUUCCCGUCAGUGCUAAGCACUCCCAGAUUGGAAGCUCUGCGGCAGGAAAUCAUGGAGAGCCCGGGUAAAAGCUUGAGCAUGACCGUGAUCAGUCCUACCCAGGUGGUCCUCGGGCGUCCAACCCCAUAUUUCGUUCCAAGUGGUGAGCGAGCGCAGGGCCCUAUAAUGAAUCAAAAUGCUACUCCAGAGCAUGUACCCGAACCAGACAAGCUGGACAGAAGACGACGGAGUUCGAUGGAAAUGGAUCCGUUGCAGUUGGAAGAGUCCAACGAUGCAAGCGAUGCGGCAGCUGCAUUGAUGUGCAAAACCGCGGAGAACGUUGCUGCUGCCCUUCACCCGCCUACUCCAUAUAAAACAGAUCAAACUCUAGAAAACGACCUUAUCAACGAAUGCCAGCGUUUGGAAGAUGUUCCUUCAACAGAAAAAGUUAAACAACGUUAUCAGCGAUUAAUAGAAUUGUUUGGGGAGGAUUCCACGAAUCUUAACGGAGGCACUAAUGCUAUUCCAGCUGCUCCUGAGACCGUAAUGGAAGAUGCACUAGCUCAAAGUACUCCUAUAAUUACGAAACAAAAAAACGGAAAGACUAGAAGAACCGCACCCAAGAAAUCUAUCCCCAUAGAUGAGUCCAUUAGCUCGGGGUGUGCCAGAGUGCAAGUUUAUGCCGGAAAUCCCCAAGUUAAUCGCCGCAAGUCUAAGCGCCAUUCAAAAGGAUCAAAGACGUUCACAUCACUAGAGGAUGAAGCUAUAAUUCAAGAGCUUUUGGCUAUGUCGAGAUCAAACAACUCGUAUGAUGUUGUGAAGCAGUCUCCCUUACGCAAAAAGAAGCAGAGGUCGCAUUCGCUAAAUCGUGAACAAGGCAGUUCAUCUGGCGAAGUAGAUAUAGAGAAAAAAUCGACGCGAAAGCAAAGCAAUCUGUCUGGUUUUAAUGACGUGAUGACCAUUGAGGCUUCGACUUCCAUGAGUGAACUUGUGUCCGUAUCAUGUGUAUCGUCACCGAAUUCCUCAAGGGAAGAAGUGGACGUCGUCGAGUUGGUAGAGAUGGUUGAAUCGCCCUUGAAUAGUCCAAGGAAGAAAGACAAAUCCAAGAAAACCACAAAGAGCAGAGAAAAACCGUCCACCAGGGCAGCACGGAAAGCAUGUAGCUCGAGCUCGUUUGGCAUGGCAACCCGUAGGACUCCGGUAAAACUGUUCAAAUCCGCACCACCACCAUACGCUCGUAAAGCGAUUAGCUACCGCCAAUCGGCCACUGUCAAGAAAACACCCACAAAAGUAUCACCUGGGGAAUCUGCUUUCGCUACCAAUGUCUCCCACGAAGACACAGAUUUGGAAAGAUAUCCAAUAGGAGCAGUCAACAUACCUGUCACAGUCCCCUCGACAAAGCAUAUUCAACCUACAGAAGAUUUUGAUAGGGUAGUCGAAAGUGAUGAUCGGACUAUGGAAAAGUCUGUAGCUUCUCCGGUUAUGGAGAUUGCUGAAAACACCGAUGGUCCAUUGAGUCUGACGCAACAAGCUGAAGUACUAGUGGCAACAGAAAAUUCAAUCGAUGAAACAACAGCAUUAACAGAAAUCACAAACGAACCUUCCGAAACCUCGUCACUCAUCUCUGUUGAGGGUUUGUCGAUAGAAUCAGAAAGCGAAAGAAUAAAAACGGCAAAUGAAAUAAGUGCGACUGAAACACAAGAAGUUAACGCGGAUGUCAUCAUUAGUUUUGAACAAAAUUCCAUAGCUGUUCCAAUAUUGGAACCUCCAGUAUCUCCUGCCAGUACCCCGGUGUCCAGGAACAUCUCAGAAAAGGCCGAAAAUUUCGUUAAUCUUCCAUCAGUAGCCAGUGACGUGAUUUGCGAAAAAGAUUACCAUGCAGAAUCAACGUUCACAACUCUCAUCGAAGCCGAAGGAGCUAAUACCGCAAAAUUCUUGGUACCUCACGAAAACUUGGUAGUGGAAACGAACCUGGAAGAUAGCAGCCUAACUUCACAUUCGAUAAGGGACUCAAGAUGUGAAGAAACACUUCCCCCGGCAGAAGCAUUAGUAAAGGUUACUGAUGAAGUCGCAGAGUCCAACUUCAUCGAAUCUACACUGCCUCAAAAAGACCUCAUGGUGAAGUCAAACCAGGAAUUAUUAUCUCCUAAAGUUAUUGCAGCCAAAGAAAAAACUAAACCUUCUAAUUCAAAGCUACAAAAUUACCUGCAAUUAAGUAGCUUUAACAGUACACCUGACUGUUCAUCCAAGAGAAAGUCAUCAGAGCUUGAUGCUACUAUUUUAUCGCCAAACUUCAGCAGUCCUGCUCAUCCCAAACCAUCUGCUAUUGGUGUUUGUGGCCAAUUACCUCUUCAAGAAACAGCUGUAGUCAUGCACAAAGACCUUGUAAACAAAAUCAGAAAGCAGAUGAGGCUGAGUAAAGAAGUUGAUCUCUACUCACAAUGAGUAACCUAGCAUUUUAAAACUAAACGUUUAAAUUCUCGUAUAUAGCUUAUUGGUAACGUAAUUGAAUUAUUUAACGCAGAAUGUCUCUUAGUAGUUUUGUAUUGCCUUUUUAAAUCUUAAAGUUAAUUAACCGUAAAAAAUUGUUUGCCUGAAUAAUAAAGUACGUGUUCCGUU